AUGUCAAUAAUGGGUAUGGCUGACAGGCUUCUAGAACGGAACGCUGCUCCAGACUGGCUCACGCGGAUCGGCAUUCGAAAAUUGCUUUCAGAGCGACUCGUCGACGAAAGCAGCGCUACGGUUGAGGAAGAAAUGCGACGUAAGAUGGCGAUGAUCAAAAGCUUGAAAGGUGAAGAAAUCGCAAUUGAGCAAGAGAAAGCAAACGAGCAACAUUACGAGCUUCCGACAAAAUUCUUUCUGUUGACGUUGGGUAAGCGGAGAAAAUAUUCGUCUUGUUACUACGAGUCGCCAGACGCGAGCCUAGACGCGGCAGAGGAAUCGAUGCUACGAAUGUAUUGCCAGCGGGCCGGGUUGAAAGACGGGAUGUCCGUGCUUGACCUUGGAUGCGGGUGGGGAAGCCUUUCGUUGUACGUGGCGGAGAAUUAUCCGAAUUGUAAAGUGACCGGGCUGUCGAACAGUUGGACACAACGGGAGUUUAUUGAGGGGGAGGCGCGAAGGAAUGGAUAUAAAAACUUGAGUAUCGUUACUGGAGACAUCACGAAAAUCACACGAUUACAAGGGAUCACGAGCAGUUUCGAUCUAAUCAUGUCUAUAGAAAUGUUUGAGCACAUGAAGAACUACGGGGCUCUUCUUAACAAGAUCUCGAAAUGGAUGAAAAAGGACGGCAAGCUAUUCGUGCACAUCUUCUGCCAUAACAAGUAUAUCUACAACUUUGAGACAGAGGGGCCGAGCAACUGGAUGGGGCGAUACUUCUUUACGGGGGGUACGAUGGGGAGCGAUGACAUCCUGGGCUAUUUCCAGGAGGACGUGAAGCUGAUCGAGCGCUGGAGAGUAGAUGGACGGCACUACGCGCAGACAUCGGAACAUUGGCUGCAGAACUUUGACAAAAACAUCGAGGAAAUCCGGGGCAUCUUGCGCAGUACAUAUGGGACGGAGGCGACGAAGUGGGAAGCUUACUGGAGAACCUUCUACUUGGCGGUGGCAGAGUUGUUCGGAUAUAACAAUGGCCAAGAGUGGUACGUAGCGCAUUACUUGUUUGAGAAACGUUAAGCAGCUACAGAGGUGUUGGGACGAUAUUCGACCUCAUACGGGAUGAGCCUUUGGGACAGUUUUCAUUGGACUUGAAAUUAUUUUUAGAGUGCACAACUGAGGUGUUUUUUUUGUAAUUAGAGUGCAACAGCAGCAUAGGCAUGAAUCACAGCCCGAAGAUAAAGUGAUUCAAAUAAAUAUAGAUGUCUCCCUCUAAGAGAACAGAAGCAAGCUGCGGGUGCUUGCACAACUCUGAACUUGCUUCUGUAAUAUCUUCAAACCCAAGUGGAUAUUAAAAAAAAGUACGAGAAUCCAACCCCCUGUUGCUUUUUUGACUAUCAGUGCAUU